AUGGGGGCAUCUGCAACCAAGUUCUUGCGGAGGGUAGCGUCUGCUCCGAAUGCGAAAGGCUUCUUCACGUCAGGUUCGCGUUCAGCAUCGAAUACGAAGAACGGGUACCUGGCCCCUACGGACCCGGUGCCACCUCUUCCUCCGAUGGCCGUAAGCGAUUGCAUGGAUCACGCCGAUUCUAUGGAGACAAUGUCAUCUGGCUCUUCAAGAGGUCGGUCGAGUAGACUGCCGCGGAACACCCUUGCGCCAUCCUCGCUGAAGGCAGGGAUUCCGAAUGGGUUGGGUGAUGGCCCAGGUAAAGUAGCUUUUCGGCGGACAUACUCGAGUAAUUCUAUCAAAGUAGGACAGGUCGAGGUGGGGCCUUCAAGCUUCAGUAAACUCAAGCUGCUGGGGAAAGGCGAUGUUGGCCGUGUAUACCUUGUGAAGGAGAAGAAGACGUCUAAAUUAUUCGCUAUGAAAGUGCUUUCUAAAAAGGAAAUGAUCGAGCGGAAGAAGAUCAAGCGUGCCCUGACUGAGCAGGAGAUCCUGGCGACUGCGAACCAUCCAUUCAUUGUGACCUUGUAUCACUCCUUUCAGUCAGAUGGGUACCUUUACUUCUGCAUGGAGUACUGCAUGGGUGGUGAGUUCUUUAGAGCGCUCCAGUCACGGCCUGGGAAAUGCCUUCCCGAAGAUGGGUCGCGUUUCUACGCCGCUGAGGUUGUUGCCGCUCUGGAAUAUCUUCAUCUCAUGGGCUUCAUAUAUCGUGAUCUUAAACCGGAAAACAUCCUUUUACACCAAUCUGGACACAUCAUGCUUUCGGACUUUGACUUGGCAAAACAGUCUAAUGAGCCUGGCGGAAUGCCAGCCCUGAUACACUCAGACGCUAAUGGGGUUCCAUUGAUCGACACCAUGUCAUGUACGGCCAACUUCCGCACGAAUUCCUUUGUUGGGACGGAAGGUAGGCAUCAGUACAUUGCACCGGAAGUGAUCAAUGCGCAAGGCCACACUGCCGCGGUGGACUGGUGGACACUGGGGAUCCUCAUCUAUGAGAUGAUUUACGCCACGACGCCGUUCAAAGGCCAGGAGCGCAAUGACACCUUUGCUAAUAUCCGCUUACUGCCUGUGCACUUCCGUGACUCUCCGAAGGUAUCAAGUGCUUGCAAAGACUGCGUCACUCGAUUGUUGGACAAGAACGAGAAAACGCGGUUAGGGAGUAAAUCAGGUGCCAGCGAAGUGAAGCAGCACAAGUGGUUUACUAAAAUUAACUGGGGACUCUUGCGAAAUACGCAGCCACCGAUCAUCCCGUCGUCAUCCAACGGUGUCGACGCCGUCAAUUUCCGCCAGCUGAAGGAGUCUCGCUCGUUGCACUUUGAAGAUCAGAUCCUCUCCGUGGCAUCGAGCACCCCUGGGACACCUGGGGAAGAGGGUGGUUCGCCCACGCAGACGGGUGAUCUCUUCGGAGCGUUCUCGAGUGUUACGUUACACCAUGAUGGGGAGAGUUGA